CGCGCACCGCCGGUUGCAUCUGCCUUGCAUCGUAUUCCCAGUCACAGAAGCCAGGCGGAAGCCAGGUCAUGACCAGGAUAUACACGCGUAUGAACUCAAGUCAGACGGGCUUCGCAACCUGGAGAUCACCACAGAAAACAAGUUCACCCCUUUCUCGCCGGCAAGGCCACCACCCGCCUGGCAGACGAUGUUACUCGUUCGUCCAUGGAGUCGCUAUCUCCUCGAGCUACAUGACAGGGCAGAUGUUAUGCAGAGCAUGGGCAAUCGGUCCGUGCCCGAAUCUCCGUUGUAUGAUUCAUCUGCUGCACAAACUGAGCCGAUUUGUUCGGAUUCUGACUCGCGAGCAUUGCGGUUGAUUGUUCGCCUUGGACAGCCCUUUAGUGCAUUUUUGCUAGCGCGGCAGCGUGAAGGAGAAUACAAGAGGAUCGCAUCCGAUCAUGAUAUCAUUGCACAGGUCAAAGACGUGGUUUCUAUUAGCUACUUGAUGGACAUCAGGACACUAGAGGUACUGUAGCUGUGUGCAUGGAUCCUUUCCAGUCUUACACCUGUUCCGGGAGAGCGUCA